UCUCGCGAGAGCGUCUGAGUCGCAGGGACAACAUCACUUCUGCCUUUUAGGGGAAAAUGUCAAACCAAGAUCCAUUAUUUUACUAACGGAUUGGACUGAUCCUUUGAAUUCCGUGUAUAUGUUUUGUAUGGGCUAUAUGCUAUUAAUGCGAGAAUACUUAUAAUUUAAAAGCUUGUUUUGCUUUCCUGAAUCAACCCAGUGAAUUAAUAUCUAACUCGACGCCCUUCGUCAUGUCAGAUUAUGAAUGUUGAAUAAUCCGGGUUGGACGUCUCUGUGAACUGGUGAUGGCAGCACGUCCACAGUCAUAUGAUAGCAACUCAAGUGACACCGAGAAUUGGGAACGAAAAACACCCGACCUCGCAAACUCUGCAAGCACUCGAGUCGUGUGCAUCUCGACUGGAGGCAGACCUGGUGAAGAUGAGCCUGCAUGGUGCUAGCGGGGGCAGUGACCGCUCACGCGACCGCCGCCGCUCCAGCGACCGCUCCCGAGACUCGUCGCACGAGAGGGGAGAGGGCCAGCUCACCCCUUGCAUCAGAAAUGUCACCUCGCCUACCCGCCAGCACAACAGCGACCGUGAGAGGGACGGUGGCUCCAGGCCCAGCAGCCCCCGUCCUCAGAGGAUUUCCCCCAGCGGCUCCAGUAGCAGCGGGCUGGUCAGCAGCCUAUCCAGCACUGAGGGCUGCUUUAAGAGCCUGGGGGUGGGAGAGAUGGUGUUUGUCUAUGAGAAUAGCAAGGAGGGACUGGGCACGGGCCUGGGUACCCGCAGCAUCCGGACCUCAGGCUCCGAGAGGGUCACUCUUAUUGUGGAUAACACACGGUUCGUGGUGGACCCUUCAAUCUUCACAGCACAGCCCAACACCAUGCUGGGCAGAAUGUUUGGAUCUGGAAGGGAACACAAUUUCACACGGCCCAAUGAAAAAGGAGAGUAUGAAGUUGCCGAGGGCAUCAGCUCUACAGUGUUCCGAGCCAUCCUGGAUUACUACAAGUCUGGAAUAAUCCGUUGCCCCGAUGGAAUCUCCAUCCCUGAGCUGAGGGAGGCAUGUGACUAUCUGUGCAUCACCUUUGACUACAACACCAUCAAGUGCAGAGACCUCAGUGCCCUCAUGCAUGAGCUGUCUAACGACGGUGCCCGGCGUCAGUUUGAGUUCUACCUGGAGGAAAUGGUUGUGCCUCUGAUGGUGGCCAGCGCCCAGAGCGGAGAGAGAGAAUGUCACAUCGUGGUGCUCACUGAUGAUGACGUAGUGGACUGGGACGAAGAGUACCCACCACAGAUGGGAGAAGAGUACUCACAGAUAAUAUACAGCACAAAACUAUACCGGUUCUUCAAAUAUAUAGAAAAUCGAGAUGUUGCCAAAUCAGUUUUAAAGGAGAGAGGACUGAAGAAAAUAAGAUUAGGCAUUGAAGGUUACCCCACGUAUAAAGAGAAGGUGAAGAAGCGUCCUGGUGGCCGUCCUGAGGUCAUCUACAACUACGUACAGAGGCCCUUCAUCCGCAUGUCCUGGGAGAAGGAGGAGGGCAAGAGCCGCCAUGUUGACUUCCAGUGUGUCAAAAGCAAGUCCAUCACUAACCUGGCUGCAGCUGCUGCAGAUAUCCCCCAGGACCAGCUGGUCAACAUGCACCCUGGCCCUCAGGUGGACGAGCUGGACAUCCUCCCCAACCAGCCCCCCAGCGAACCCCAGUACAGCUACAACAACGAUGCUGGUGACCCAGACGCCCCCUCUCCCGCAGUCUGAGGACUGCCCCCUCCCUCCCCAGCGUACUGCAGCAUGGAGCGAGAGGGGGAUCAAUAUAGAGGGGGAUCAUAACCAUAUUGCCUUGGCACCUCCUCCACAGCCUUAGAGCCUCAAGGACCUGGUCGACUGUAAAAACCCUAUAAGGGACUAGACUGGCAAAAGGGCAUAUUUCUCUUAUUUCUUUAAAAAAAAAAUACUUGACCAAAGGAAUUUUUUUUUCUUCUGUUAAUUGUUUGAAAUAAAUUUAGCAAACCCAA